UAGGACCGAAAGCCUGCAAAGACGGGCGCAAGAACCGGGUGCAAGGAGACACUCUUGACUCCACCCGACACACCUUCGCUGCUAAAUUUCUUGACAGCCCAUUUUUCGGUUUCUCUGCUACACACCCGCAAAUCCCAAAUUCUUCUCUCUGAACGCUUGCGUGCCUAAACAAAUCAUGGGUUUUUCUCUUUUCUUUCAUGCCAUUUUUUCUACCCACACUCUGCACACAAAAUGCUCGACGGAACGCCUCAGAACAAACUAGACAUGUUCAUGGCUUCGAAUUCGAGUCCACUGACCAGUCUCUUCAACGAAGCAGCGAACGAAAUGGCCAUUGAAUCAGAAAACAGUUCUGGGUUUGUUCCAUAUCAUCAUUUGCCAAUGAUUCUUCCCGAGAAUGGCCCAAAAAGGCGCGCAGAGACUUGGGUUUUUGAGGAAAUUCAGUGUCUCAUUCAUUUGCGGCGAGAAGUGAAUUGUCAAUUCAAUACUGCCAAAUCGCAGAAGCAUUUGUGGGACCAGAUUUAUGUGGGGAUGAGAGAGAAUGGGUGGGAGAGAACUCCGCAGAAUUGUAAUGAUAAGUGGAGGAAUUUGUUGAAGGAGUACAAGAAUAGCAAUGGAGGAAUUGGGUCGUCGAGACAAGUGUGUUUUGAUGAACUUGAAGAGUAUUGCAGAGAGAAGAAGAGCAAUGGAAUCAGUAAGAAGUUGAGGGAUGGUUCUUCUGUUCAAAUUCUUGAUAAGGGUACUGACGAAGCCGGUUUUCUGUUUGGACCCAGUGAAGAUAAUAGUUUGGAAAGGACAUAUCAUGACGCAGACCCCCUUGAUAUCCAUGAACCUGAAGGAAUUGUUCCCAAUGAAUUUCCCUCUUGGAAUUGGAGAGGAACCCCUAGACGUGAUGAAGACGUUUCUGGAUCUGGUGGAAGGGUUAUAUCUGUCAAAUACGAGGAAUCUGUUAAAAGGAUUGGCAUUGAUGGUUCCGCUGAUGCAAUUAAGGAGGCAAUUAAGUCUGCCUUCCGCCUGAGAACUAAACGCUCCUUCUGGUUGGAGGAUGAAGCUGGGAUAAUACGAGCUCUUGAUAGGAACAUGCCGUUGAGGAAUUACACUCUUCACCUUGACGAUGGCCUCCGCAUAAGGAUAUGCCUUUUUGAGGAUCCCAAUCACCUGCAUUGUCGUGUGAUAGAGAAAGCAUUUUUCAAUGAAGAUGUUUUCAACAGUUAUCUCAACAACUGUGGUUGGAUUGGUCUAAAGGAAUUAAGAAGCCGUAAAAAUGUUGAUUCGAUGAAUGAGCUUCGUGCUGGGGAAGUGUACCAUGGCCAGCGGAGAGUUCUGAAAAAUUGACAUUUUAAUGAGCUUUCCUUUUUAGGCAUGAAUAUGAUGUAAAUACUACCUAUACCUUUUAGUUUUCUCCUAAAAUCUCUUUUUAUAUGUGAAAAUUGGUGGAACGCAAUCUAUACUUUUUUGUGUUUUUUGCGUAAUUUUCAUGUAAAUAAGCAUUAGAAGUUUUGGAAAGGAACUUUUUUUUUUCUUUC